AUGCCUUUCUUGGAUGUGCAGAAACCGUUUGGCCUUAACAUAGAUCAAUGGUUGACAAUCCAAAGUGCUGAACAGUCCUACAAGAUUCCUGCUCGAUGUCAUCCUUUUGAAAAAGAAUGGAUAGAAUGUGCACAUGGAAUUGGUGGUAUCUGGGCAGAGAAAGAGUGCAAAAUAGAAUAUGAUUAUUUCAUAGAGUGUAUACUUUGGCAGAAAACGAUGAGACGUUUGAGUACCACCAGGAAGCAGUGGGACAAGCUGGUAAAGGAAGGGAAGUACACCCGUCCACCUCACCAUGUGGGCAAGGGGGAGCCUCAGCCCCUAAGCAGACUCCCAAAGUGCUGGGACUACAGGUGUGAGCCACUGCACCCAGCUGUUAUAAAGUAG